AUAGCCAAGGGUAGAGCCAGCUCCCAACUGAAGGCCAUGGCAACCUCGGCCGCCACCUUGCUCCCAUUUUCUCUAUGCUUGCUGCUCCUCUGUCGUGCGUCCUUGGCCCGGUUCGGGAGGAGCCCAUGGCAGAGCGUGCGACAAUCUGGCGAACAAAGCGAGUGCCGCGUUGAGAAGCUAAAUGCCCUCGAGCCCACCAGGGAAGUGCGGUCCGAGGCCGGCGUCACCGAGUACUACGACCAGAACAAUGCGCAGUUCGAGUGCGCCGGCGUGGCUGCCUUCCGCCGUACCAUCGAGCCUAGAGGCCUUCUCUUGCCCUCCUUCUCCAACGCCCCUCGCCUCGUCUAUAUCAUCCAAGGAAGGGGUAUUUAUGGCACAGUGAUCCCGGGCUGCCCAGAGACGUUCCAAUCCUUCCAGCAAGCUGAAUCCGAGCAGCAAGGCCAUGAAGGGCAAAGCCGGAUGUCCAGAGACGAGCACCAGAGGAUUCACCACUUCAAACAGGGAGACGUCAUCGCCAUCGCCGCUGGAGUUGCUCACUGGUGCUACAACGAUGGCGAUACUCCAGUGAUAGCUUUCACCGUUUCGGACAUCAGCAACAGUGCCAAUCAGCUCGAUGAAAACCAUAGGCAAUUCCUACUGGCUGGGAGACAAAGGAGUAGCCAGCAGCAAUCCAGGAAAGAACAAGAAGAGAGCUCAGAGGGCGACAUCCUUAGCGGAUUCGACACCGAGCUACUCGCGGCGGCCAUCGGGGUUGAUAGGGAAGUGGCGAGGAAGCUCCAGGGUGAGGAUGACCGGAGGGGGGAGAUUGUCCGCGUGGAGAAGGCUCUUGAGGUGCUGAGGCCCUCAAGUGAGAAGCAGGAGAGGGAGGAAAAGGGAAGGGGCACAAAUGGGUUGGAGGAGGUCAUGUGCUCCAUGAGGAGUAGGGAGAACAUCGAUUCCCCGAGACAUGCAGAUGUCUACACUCCGCGGGGUGGAAGGAUUACCACCCUCAACAGCCAGAAGCUCCCCAUGCUUAGCUUCAUCCAAUUGAGUGCCGAGAGGGUGGUGCUCUAUAAGAAUGCCAUGCUUGCACCACACUGGAACAUCAACGCACACAGUGUGAUGUAUUGUACUGGAGGACGAGGCCGGGUCCAGGUUGUCGAUAACAAUGGGAAGACCGUUUUUGAUGGCGAGCUCCGCCAGGGCCAGCUCUUGGUCAUUCCACAGAACUUUGCCGUCAUUAAACAGGCAGGGAACGAGGGCUUCGAGUUUACCUCGAUCAAGACCAUCGACAACGCGAUGGUGAGCACGAUCGUGGGGAAGGCUUCGGCUCUCCGAGGCAUGCCGGAGGAGGUGCUGAUGAACUCUUACCGCAUCAACAGGAAUGAAGCCAGGAGGGUCAAGUUCAGCAGGGGAGAUGAGAUGGCCAUCUUUUCAGCUCCUAGGUCUGAGGGAGGAGCUGAUGCUUGAUGUAGCAACUAGCGUUGCCACCGGGGAGGUGUGGCGGGUUUUGUUACCAUACAUAGACGAGGUUACGUAAAUAAAGCCCGGUGUGCAAGGAGGUGAGAUGUCAGUUUUAUGUAUGGCAACUUCUGUCUCUGAAGCAGGAAAUAACAUCAGAUGUUAAAU